AUGCGUGAGAUUGUUCACCUCCAGACCGGUCAGUGCGGUAACCAAAUUGGUGCUGCUUUCUGGCAGACCAUCUCUGGCGAGCACGGCCUCGACUCCAGCGGUGUCUACAAUGGCACUUCUGAGCUCCAGCUCGAGCGCAUGAAUGUCUACUUCAACGAGGCCUCCGGUAACAAGUAUGUUCCUCGCGCCGUCCUCGUCGAUCUUGAGCCUGGUACCAUGGACGCUGUCCGCGCCGGUCCCUUUGGUCAGCUCUUCCGCCCCGACAACUUCGUUUUCGGCCAGUCCGGUGCUGGCAACAACUGGGCCAAGGGUCACUACACUGAGGGUGCUGAGCUUGUUGACCAAGUCCUCGAUGUUGUUCGUCGUGAGGCCGAGGGCUGUGACUGCCUUCAGGGCUUCCAGAUCACCCACUCUCUUGGUGGUGGUACUGGUGCUGGUAUGGGUACUCUGCUCAUCUCCAAGAUCCGCGAAGAGUUCCCCGACCGUAUGAUGGCCACCUUCUCCGUCGUUCCCUCCCCUGGCAACUCCGAUACUGUUGUCGAGCCUUACAACGCCACUCUCUCCGUCCACCAGCUCGUUGAGAACUCCGACGAGACCUUCUGUAUCGACAAUCAGGCCCUGUAUGAUAUCUGCAUGCGCACCCUGAAGCUGUCUAAUCCCUCGUACGGUGACCUGAACCACCUUGUCUCCGUUGUCAUGUCCGGCAUUACCACCUGCCUGCGUUUCCCUGGUCAGCUCAACUCUGACCUUCGCAAGCUCGCCGUCAACAUGGUUCCUUUCCCUCGUCUGCACUUCUUCAUGGUCGGCUUUGCUCCUCUGACCAGCCGUGGUGCUCACUCCUUCCGCGCUGUCUCUGUUCCUGAGCUCACUCAGCAGAUGUUCGACCCUAAGAACAUGAUGGCUGCCUCUGACUUCCGCAACGGUCGCUACCUGACCUGCUCUGCCAUUUUCCGUGGUAAGGUUGCCAUGAAGGAGGUCGAGGACCAGAUGCGUAAUGUGCAGAACAAGAACUCUACCUACUUCGUCGAGUGGAUCCCCAACAACAUCCAGAACGCCCUUUGCGCUGUUCCCCCCCGUGGCCUUAAGAUGUCGUCUACCUUCAUUGGUAACUCGACCUCGAUCCAGGACCUUUUCAAGCGUGUUGGUGAGCAGUUCUCCGCCAUGUUCCGUCGCAAGGCUUUCCUUCACUGGUACACUGGUGAGGGUAUGGACGAGAUGGAGUUCACUGAGGCCGAGUCCAACAUGAACGAUCUUAUCUCGGAGUACCAGCAGUACCAGGAUGCUGGUAUUGAUGACGAGGAGGGCGAGUACGACGAGGAAGUUCCCAACGAGACUGAGGAACUCAUGUAA